AUGAAAUAAAGAAACUUCUAAAUCCUCACCCAGUAUUGUUUUUACCAUGAAAGUUUCCGCCAGGGUUAAGGACGAGUGGCUCCAAAUCCCGUGCAGAGACGGGACCAAUACAGUGCGAUGGCUGGGCGAAGAGGCUUGGAGAAAGUACCAGAAGCUGUUACUAGGCAUCAAAAUCGAUGAAGACGACAUCAUUAAUGUCAUACAGGAGGUGCGUAAAACGAGGGGCGGGGCGCUGCUGGACCCGGAUGACGUCAUCGUGGAGGUGCUGGAUAACGACGACUUCGUCAACAUUGUGUUAACCACGGACACCCAGGUCAAUGUUGGGGCGAUUCCCGACGAGCUCAAACACGUUCUCGAACCUGUUAACUCAAGCCCCAGCAAUUUUUUACCGGCGGAAAACUAUGUCUUCGUGGACGGCUCCAAUUUAACCACCGAGCUCUUGGUUAACUUAGGCAAUGGCGACUUUAAGAUUAAACUGUCGAAAGAGGCCAUCAACAACGUCAUGAAGUCUCGCUCCCUCGUGGAAACCUUCCUCGAGGAGAAUCGCAACGUCUACGGGGUCACCACGGGAAUAGGGAGCUUCCACAGCGUCUACAUUCCACCUGAAAAACUUAACGACCUCCAGCAAAACUUAAUCAGAUCGCACGCCGCUGGCGUAGGUAAUCCCUUAAGCCCUGCAAGAACCAGGAUGUUGCUCGCAUUAAGGAUUAACGUCCUAGCAAAGGGAUACAGCGGGAUAUCCUUAAACACACUGCAGGGCCUCAUCGACGCAUUUAACGCUUCAUGCUUAUCAUGGGUACCCGAACAGGGAUCGGUCGGAGCCAGCGGGGACUUGGCCCCUUUGGCACACUUGGCCCUCGGGAUCAUGGGAGAAGGAAAGAUGUGGAGUCCCAAGACGGGCUGGGGAGACGCCAGGGAGGUACUGAAACUCAACGGUUUAAAGCCGCUGGUUCUGGGCCCCAAAGAAGGGGUGGCGCUAGUCAAUGGGACCCAGCUGAUUACGAGUAUCGGAGCGGAGGCGGUGGAGCGAGCGCAACGCAUAGCCAAACAGGCCGACGUGGUGGCGGCGCUUACCCUAGAGGUGUUAAAGGGCACCUCAAGGGCUUUCGAUUCAGAUGUCCAGAAAAUCCGGCCGCACAAGGGACAAAUCGCCGUGGCUCAACGACUAAGGGCUUUGCUGCAUUCGGACACUUACCCGUCGGAAAUUGCAGAGAGCCACCGGUUUUGUAAUCGGGUCCAGGAUGCCUAUACCUUGAGGUGCUGUCCGCAGGUUCAUGGGAUUGUGCACGACACGAUCGAGUUUGUUCAGCAGAUAAUUAGGACUGAGAUGAAUAGUGGCACUGAUAACCCUAUUGUUUUUGCGGAUCGGGGUGAAAUCAUCUCCGCGGGUAACUUCCAUGGGGAAUACCCGGCCAAAGUUCUGGACUUUCUGAGUAUAGCGGUACAUGAAUUGGCCUCCAUGAGCGAAAAAAGAACUGAGCGCCUCGUCAAUCCAGCACUCAGUGGUUUGCCCGCCUACCUCGUCGAAGACGGCGGCAUCAACUCCGGUUUCAUGAUCGCCCAUUGCACAGCAGCAGCACUAGUAUCCGAAAACAAGGUCAUCUGCCACCCCUCUUCCGUCGACAGCAUGAGCACAAGCGCCGGCCAAGAGGAUCACGUUUCCAUGGGGUGCUUCGCAGCCCGGAAGGCUCUCCAGGUCCUCGAGAAUGUGGAGCACGUCAUCGCCAUAGAGCUUCUGGCGGCUUGUCAAGCUAUCGAGUUUCUACGCCCCUUGAGGACCACCGUGCCCCUUGAAGACGUCUAUGCCACAGUGAGGAACGUGGUGAAGCCGUGGGAUAAGGACCGCUUCAUGGCGCCGGAAAUCGAAUCCGUGAAGAAGCUCUUGGUUGAAAACAAGAUAUGGAACGCCGUGAGGCACCACAUGAUGUUCUACCACGCUCCAGAGGAGCAAGAGACGAGGGUGUUCAGUCCUACGACGACAAGUCUGAGGGAGGAAAGGGCCAGACCGAGGAGCAACACAAGGGGUGCUUUGAAGAGAAAGAGUUGUGAUUGAUGAGGGUGUUAAUAAAGGUUGUUGAAAUUGA